UUUAAUAUAAUCUAGAGAGAGAAAGAGAGAGGCAGCUUCUUAGAAGAUAGAGAAUUAAGGAGAAGGGUGAGAGGAGUCACCGUCAGUUGCUGGUGGAGGAAAUUCAGGAGGGUGGAGUAGCUACUAGUACUCCGAUCCACCGCCACCACUUUCUCCGCCGCGCUUUCAUUUCGAUCUUUCCUGCAAUUCAAGACACAUAUAUAUAUAUAUAUGUAUUCAAAACAAUUUCAGGUCGUAGGUAGUAGGUACCUGGUUAGGGUUUUGCAGAAUUGAAGAAGAAGAAGAAGAAAAAGAUUCAAUUUUUCUGAUCAUCAGUUAGUCAAAAAGUCAGUUCAAUUUCCGAGGAGAGGAACGAAGAAGAAGGUCGUCAAUUAAUCCCAAUUAAUAAUAAUAAUAAUAAUAAUCAAAAUUAGGUUUUUUAAAAUAUUCGAUGCAUCCAAAUCCAUCAGAUCAGAUCAGAUCUACCUUCCCUUCUUGAUCGACAAUAUAGAUAAUUUCAGCAGGUCCAAAAAAACAUGAAUUCCUUCACUCAUGUUCCUCCGGGAUUUCGAUUCCAUCCCACCGACGAAGAAUUAGUCAACUACUAUCUCCGAAAAAAGAUCGCUUCCAAGAGAAUCGAUCUAGAUGUCAUCAAAGAUAUCGAUCUUUACAAAAUCGAGCCAUGGGAUCUUCAAGAACUUUGCCGGAUAGGAAGUGAGGAACAAAAUGAGUGGUAUUUCUUCAGCCAUAAAGACAAGAAAUACCCAACCGGAACUCGAACAAAUAGGGCAACCAAGGCCGGAUUUUGGAAAGCGACCGGACGAGAUAAGGCCAUUUAUACGAAACAUAAUUCUCUGGUUGGAAUGAGAAAGACUCUUGUGUUCUACCAAGGUCGAGCUCCGAAUGGACAAAAAUCCGACUGGAUUAUGCACGAGUAUCGGCUCGAAUCGAAUGAAAAUGGAACUCCUCAGGCAAAAGGAUGGGUAGUUUGUAGGGUAUUCAAGAAGAAGUUGCCCUCAACACAAAGAGAUGGCGAGCACGAUUCGCUAUGUUGGUACGACGACCAUGUCACAUUCAUGCCAGAUAUCGACUCGCAAGCGCGCAUAAGUCCCAAUUCCGGGAUGUAUAAUCCAAACAACUACACAUGCAAGCAAGAGCUCGAGCUCCAAUACGGCGUGCCUAACAAUAACAUAUUUCUUCAACUUCCAAGUUUAGAAAGCCCCACGAUCCAACACUCGAAUCCGAGCAUGAUUCCUUAUGGAGGACUACAAGAAGAUCACCGGACACAAGAGGGUGACAUGGGAUCCACCCCGGAUUACUCGUUUUUCCCCAACCGGCAUGUGACCGAGUGGCAAGUGCUCGAUAAAUUUGUGGCUUCCCAACUCAGUCAAGACAACGAGGGUCGCAAGGCGACGAAUGAGGCUUCGGUUUCGGAGUCGAUUAGGGUUGUUGAGGAUGAAAUGAAGAAACAAGAUGAUAGAGAAGAAAAUGAUCUUACGGGUAUAACAGCUGCUUCUUCAAAUCAUUCAGAAAUUCAUAUGUGGAAGUAAUGAAUAUGGUAAGUAUAUAUAUUUAUGUAUAUGUAUAUGUGUGUUAAGUGAAUUUAAGUGAUAAAUGUGUAGUUUAUAUAUAUGUGCACAUAUAUUCUAAAGUUCAAUAUUAAUAAGGAUUUAAACAUAUAUAUAUAUAUAUAUAUAUGCAUAUAUGGAGAUUAUAUAUUGUUGUUGUAAAUCAAACUUAUGAGAUUAAUUGAUGUACUAUAAUUAUUAAUGUUGACAUAUUUCCGUAUGAUAUACUCUCUCCAUAUGACUUUAAGGUUUAAUUUAUUUUUUGCAUCAUUGUACUUAACAUUAAAUAUAUUAUUCCAUUUGUAUAAACUUUUGCAUAAAUGCCAUUAUAAUAGUAUUAUAAGAUACUAACAGAAG